AUGAGCGCCUCUAUCUUUCUGCAACUCGUCUUGACCGGCACGCAAACUCACUACGAAAGCCGAGGCCUGAUCGAUGACAAGAGGCUGGAACACCUGUUGAUCGCCGGGAAGCAGAUUCUAUACAAGUCACACCAGGAAAGCGAUGUGCGGUGCUACUUGGGCUUCAACCCUCGAACCUGGGAGGGCCUGACAAGCGUGCUGGCCGUGGCCAUCCCGGCGUUGGAGCAACAAUCCUUUUCCUGGAAGAACCCUCCUGCCUCGAGCUUUAACGGGAGUAGUUCUGACCUCAUUGCGGCGCACUACCAGUCCCUCGUCAAGGACAUUGAACGGUUGAACGAUCUGUGCACGAUCGCACGGAAUCUCCUCGCGACGACCAAAAAAGCCCAGAACCUUGCGGCGCAAAAGGGCUUCGAUCAGCAGGUCCUCAAAUUAAUCGACGUCUGCGUGCGGGUGACAGCCCGGGGCUUUGAUGGCGAGGCCAAUCCGCGGAACGAGGAGAAAUGGCAAAAGGUGGUGCAUCUUUACAAACGGCUGUUGAUCACCUGUCUGCAGUUCUUGCACAAUUUCAUCAUGCACAACGAACAGCGGAAGCUGGUCCUGUGGCUCGAUCUUUUCGGACAAUCACAGGCCCAGGAGAACAACGAGCCCGGGGUUCAGGAACCCUCGGUCAGCCAGGAAGAUAUAGAUCACGCUGCCAGGGGAGAUAGAAUCAAAAUGGCCGUGGAGAAUCUGCCAGCAAAGGACGGGUCCACGUCAGACGGUGGACCAGGAUAUAACAUCAACGACGUGCACGCUCUGUUCGACAUUAUGAGCAUGAAGAAGGAAACCGACGAGUACACUAAAGCGGCAGCCAAAGUGUUGAUGGAUAAGAUCCGAUAUGACAUGGAACAGUUGUCGGGGAUGAACGCCACUCAACUGGACGACGAUCCAGUCGCUCUCCUCAAAGUCGGGGGUGACUUACGAGCCCAACUGCCCAGCGAGGAAAGCCUACCUUCUUUGCCCCAGCCGGACGGAGACACUGAACAAACCUCGGGGAACAGAGUCAAGGCCGACGCCCAGGCUCGCCCAAGCUAUUGGAGUCAUCUGGGCUCCUACGGCGAGCUGGGCGAGUCGAGUCGGGACUUGACCGAGGAAGACAAGACCAUGCCCAGAACCGCCGAAUCCGCGGCUGCAACGUUACAGGAGGCCAAAGACGAGUUGAUGGCACGCUUACAUGAAUCCACCUCGGGCCACGUUCUAAAUGAAAAUGGCAAUCAGGCCUACGACGAGCAUGGAAAUCCCCAGGGGGAGCUCGAUAACGAUAUGCUCGAGAUUGAUGAAGAUAGCAUAGAAGAGGAAGAGGACGAGGAUGAAUAUUAUCGGGCAACCGGAGAUCAAGAAAGGGGUCUGCUUACCGACGUCCCUCUUGUCCUUGGACCAACCGAAAUUGAAGCUCUCCCCAUGAUCAUCCAGGCCGGCAUUGUGGAUAAUUUCGGGUCGAGGACAGGUACGAGGAGUGAGCGGAAAGGGGCCAAGAACAUGCAAGCUGUUCGCUGUCACAUUCUCCUGGCGCAAGAAGCGGGCCGCAAUGUCCUGCGAGAGUUGCUCAUUUUCAUUGCCGCGUGGGACCUACCGGAUGAUGAGUUCUAUUUCAAGAUGAUGGUUCAAAUCAUGGAAGCCAUUCUCAAGAACGGCCUCAUGUCUCACGCAUACUCGGACUUUGGCCAACCGAAAGAUAUCAUCUCUCCGGCUCAAGCCGUCGUCAUCAAGAUCCUGACACACAUCUUCCGUGCGAAAUACAGUCCGGCAUCUGUGGUGCAAAAGUCGAACACAAAGACUCCGCCCAAACCUCGAGCACCGGCGCCAUUAAGCAGGGUUGACGUUCUGACGGUCCGCUACAUCUUCAUCGUGUUCCGUGGUAACAUCAUCCCCGAGACCUGUGCACUGAUCUACUUGCAAGGACAGAUCCGAGCUGGUCUGGCUCUGGCCGAGGAUUUCCCUCUCAACCUGUGGGAUAUGGAACGUGUCUAUGAGGGCGUGUAUCAGUUCCUCGAGUUCUUCGCCGUCUUAACCGAGAACAACGAAUGGAAGGAACUGCUGGUCAAGUGGGAGAUUGUCUACGACCUCGUCACUUUGCUGAAAGAACUCGAUGCCAGCAUCGCCAAGGUCCCACUCACCAAGACGAUGCCCCCUGCCCGGCCAAACCCUGCUGCCAACGGUUCGGCCGUGGACAAGACCGACUCGGCUACCCAGACCACUCCAUCUGUCACGGUGGAACGGCCUUAUGACGCUUCAACCAUCGACCCGGUGACCCAGCAGCCACAGAAUCCGCCAUCGGCCGACCUGGAAGUGGCGCCACCAGCAAGCAAUUCUCCCCCUCCACCGGCCGUGACGGAAGAACCGGCAGAUUUCGAAUGGCGCAAUCUGAAGAAGUUGAUCGUGUUGGUCCUGUCCAGCCUGGUGUGGAAAUCUCGAACCGUGCAGGACCAAAUCAGACAGUAUGGCGGAGUUGAGACGAUCUUGAGUUGCACACAAUACGAUGCCUGCAAUCCUUACAUCAAGGAACACGCAGUCAUGUGUCUUAAAUUCUUGCUCGAAGACAACCGCGAAAACCAAGCUCUGGUUUCCAAUCUCGAAGCGCGAGAAGUCCGAGCUGAGCCGGGGCUCCAGGAGAAGUUUGACGAGAUGGGAGUCGGUCUGGAAUUGGGCGAAGACGGUGCGCCCAAACUCACUAACAGUCGAGAUGAACGUGGACGCUACAAGAAAAGCUCUUGGUUGGCGAAUCUCGCGGCAGUCAAGAAGGAACAGGAGAUGUUGAGAAUGCAGGCCAAACAGCAGGGAGGGUUCAUCGGCGACGAAACGGACCCCGACGACGACUUGUAUCGGGGUGACGGCGGGUCUGCGGAGCGGCGGAGGUCGAACAAGGGCAAAGAACGGGAAAUUGUGGUAGACGAUGACUAUGAGGCUGAGAACGAGCAUGAGGACGCGGACGGAGACGAAGACGAAGACGAAAUCGAGUUCAUGUAA